AUGAAAGGUAUUAUACUAGUGGGAGGAAUGGGGACGCGGCUGCAGCCCCUGACACACACACAGCCCAAGCCGCUGAUUCCAUUCGCAAACAAGCCUAUUUUAAAACACCAGAUAGAGGCGCUUGUGGAGGCUGGAGUCACAGAAGUGAUAUUGGCUGUGGGGCACAUGCAAGAAAACAUCAAAGAGUAUCUGCACCGAUACGAGCAGGACCUGGGCGUAAAAAUAACAUACUCUGUGGAAAGCUCUCCCAUGGGGACUGCGGGCCCGCUGGCUCUUCUUAGAGAGGUCCUUAAAAACGAGCGCAAGCCCUUUUUUGUGCUUAACUCCGAUGUAAUCUGCAAGUUUCCGUUCAGCGAGAUGCUGGAGAGCCACAGGAAGCACGGCGGAGACGGAACCAUCCUUGCAACAAAGGUGGAGGCGCCUGAGAAGUACGGGGUGAUUGUCUCGGAUGCAGACGCGCGGAUGGUGCAGUUCGUAGAAAAGCCUGAAAAGUUUGUGGGCAACCGAAUAAACGCAGGCGUGUACAUAUUCGGCAGAAACGUGCUAAACUACAUACAGGACAAGCCCAUGUCAAUAGAAAAAGACGUGCUGCCGCACAUGAUAAAACACGCUAUUGUAAAGACGUUUGACCUGAAAGGCUUUUGGAUGGACAUUGGCCAGCCAAAAGACUAUGUGCUUGGAAAUAUUCUGUACCACCAAAACAACCCGGACCUGUCCAUGAUAGACAAAACGGCCAGAAUCUCCCCCGGCGCAAUGAUAGGGAAAAACACAACAAUUGGCCCGGGCGUGGAAAUCGAGGAGGGCGUGGAAAUAGAAAACUCGAUCGUUUUUGAAGGCGCAUGCAUAAAAAAGAACGCGCUCAUUGUAAACUCCAUCAUUGGGUGGGGGGCUGUUGUGGGGAGAUGGUCCCGGAUUGAGGACUACUCGGUUCUGGGCGCGAACGUCUCUGUGCAGGAGGGCAUAUACAUAACCGGAGGAAAAAUCCAGCCAAACACCCUCGUGAACUUACACGUUCUCCUGCAUUCGCCGCGCCCCAGUGAAAUAGGAACAGAGGACACGCCGGUUGCAUAG